UACCUUUUUUUUUUUUUUUUUUACCAAGGGAGACGCAAUGCAUUAAAGAUGGAGUUAUCUCCUCUUAUAAAGAAAAUAGGCCACUCUUUGGUGGAGAUAAGAGUCCGAGCAUUGAAGAGCAUCUUAUGUAAGCUGGACCUUUCCCUGCUUUCUAUCUCUGACAUCGUCCAGGAGAAGAUGCUGUUUGUGUAUCUUCUUGAGUGGUUCAAUUUCCCCGAGGUGCCGUUGCAGGAAGACGUCCUUGGGUUACUCUCCACUUUAUCAAAGAAUCCGAGUGCAGCCCAGAUGCUAAGAGACGUCGGGGCGGUGGACUUCCUCACUCAACUGUCACCUAAUGUGGAGCCCAGCCUGCGAGCUGUCAUCGACGGUACCCUGGACCAGCUGUUCCAGCUACCUGAGCUACUCCCCAGUCAGAUAAUGGUCUACUCGCAUGGACAGCGCACUGCAACUCCAACAGCACCUACAGAUGUUCCACCCGAAGACCAUUAUCCUAAAAUGGGCUAUUUCCACAGGAGCCUGCCACAAGAUGUACCGCCUCAGAAGAUAGCAGUCCAUGAGUCUGUGAGAUGCCUCAAGUUUUCUGUGUUCCCAUGGCUGACUCUGACAAACACAGACAGACACAUACUUUCAUCCAAUGAGAGUUCUCUGAGGAGCAGCAACCCCAACUUGGUGCGGACCACAUGUGAACUUCUGUGUGACGUCAUUAUGCAAGACUUUCCUGCUGAGAUCUUCCUGCAAAGGCCCAACAUAGUGCAGAACCUUCUGUCCUUGUUGAGGAUGGGUUCGGGUACAGGUGAAGCAAGCUACCUCCACAUGCAGGCUCUUUGCUGCCUGCGGCUGCUUUGUGUGGGGCUGAGGAGGAGACUUCGCUUUCAUCAAGACCCAAGCUUCUUCUCCACAAAGCAAGAUCCAGUGUCCCAGAACUCGUCCUUUUCCUACUCCCAGGAAGUGCGGGGGACCCAGCGCUCCCAGGCCUCAUCCCCGGGGGCAGAGUGCUCCCCUCGGCCCUCUGUGGUGGGACGCACCGGUCAGAGAGCCAGAGGAGAUGGCCAAGACGGAGAUGCAGCUUCCACCAGUGGCAGCUCGCACAGAGGUGGAGCUGCAGUCCAGGCCCCCCCGCCCCAGUCACCUGCAGAUGUGGCCCAAUUGGAGCUUCCUGACCUGGGUGUGGAAGAUGUCCUGGAGCUGCAGUUACAGCAGCUCACUUUGGCUCAGUUCACUGUGGCCACUAUGGAACAUGCCAUACCGCUGCUUAAAACAGAAAAUGUAAUUAAACAAAGGAGGACACUGCAGGGCAUGGUCAGCCUGACUGCCCAACCUGGCUGGAGCUCUCACUGCUCUGACCUGGAGCCCGUCCUGCUCUGCUCCAAGUAUCUCAGUGGGCUAUUAGAGGUGAUCUCCUCGUUUUACGUGGAGUGGGGAGGUAACUCCAUGUCUUUCAUGGGGAAAGGUGUGACUAAGAAUGCCGUCAUCUGCCUGCUUCACCUGUCUCAUGAGAUGAUGGUGGAGAACAAGGACGAGGACUUCAUGUCUCAGUGGUCUCUGGGGAGCGAGGCGGCUGCUGACGAGGCUAACACCGCUCAGCUUGGUUUGGCCUGGCUCAUCCCACUGUGGGUCGACCGCGAUCAAGAGGUGAGAUUUGCCAGUUUGGGUUUAGGUGCCGCUCUGUCCUCAGUGCCCAGCGGCUGCCAGGCUCUGUGUGCCAGCUGUCAGAACAUCAGCGGAGGACUGUGGGGCACGUUGCUCAACAUCCUCCUGGAUCAGCAGGAGAGCAGCAUGGUCCGCAGAGAGGCUGCAUUUAUCCUGCAGAACUUGCUGGUGAUGGCAAUGCCUGCCAACGCAGAGGAGGCCAAGGAUUCCCACUGGCAGCACCCAUGUGUCCACGAUGAGGAGUCCGGCGUGUCUCUGGUGGGUCUGCCGGCGCUCCAGGCUCUGCUUUAUCACUGCCAGUACUUCCAAAACGUGGCUCUCUCCGCCUCUAAAUGUUACCAAGGCCGGUACACAUUCCACCUGCAGCCUCGUGCCGGCGCUGCCGGUGCACCUCGUCCUCAGGAGAGCAGUUCACUGGAUUCUGAGAGUUCUCUGUGGUCUUGGAGAUGCGACCCACCAGCGCCCACCGUGGACUCCAGCAGACCGUCCAGCUCGCUCUCCACGUCCAGCACUGUGAUAAGAGGUUCGGGACCACACACCCCUAAAGGCUCCUCCCCGUUGAGCCUCGCAGAAGACACACCCGCCAGCAGACUGACGGCUCAAGGCCAGAGCGACACCGACACCAGCGAUUCGCUGACCUCCCAGGACUCCCGACAGGGCGAGCCCUCUGCCGUGGAACCCGUUGUCAUGGUAACUCCCGACCUCAUGACGGCCCACUGCGGCCUGCUGACGAACCUGCUCGCCAUCCUGCCAGACUUCACCCUCACCGCCAUCCGACACGACCAGCUCCUCCGAGCGCUGGCCAGCCUGGUGGAUAUUGGGCCCAUGGAGACGUGUCUGACUGAGCUGAAGACGCCCAACGUCCUGCCAGGAGGGAGAGAAGACAUCAAGAUCCAGUUCGUCACACAACUUCAGUUCCUGUCCAGCUUCUCCAAACUGCUGGGGUCAUGUGUCACAGUGAGCCAGGAGCUGAUUGGCCAGAUGGACUUCCUGAAACAGCUGUUGACGACUCUGGUUGCAGCGCUCAUGCUGGAUACCAAAGGAUUAGAUGCGGGGACCCGGGCCGCGCUUGGUGUGUGCUGGGCGGACGUGUUUAUGCUCCUGGCUACUCUGGUGAGGAGGGACAGCUCAGCAGCGUACCCAUCUGUCUCUGCUGCGCUGGGGAGACGCUGGCGGACAUUUGCAGGAACAUUAUCAGUGUGUGUGACUGAGAAGUUAGCAGACUCUCUUCUCCACACAGUGGCUCUGCAGUUUCUCAGUACGAUCUUCACAGAGGAGACGAAGAGUCUGCGAGUCGAGGUCACGACCUUAAACUCUAAACCUGCCACAGCUUUGUCUGACAUUGUGAACGGUCCCUCAGCCGGUCAGCUGUGUGAGCUGCUGCUGCAGAGUUUCGAUAAGAGGCCCCUCCAGGAUCCUCUGAAGAGGCUGACAGGCAGAGCUCUGCUGACGCUGCUCGCCUGCAGCCCCACAGCUCAACACCACGCAGCCAAAGCGGGUCUGAUCGACAGCUGUGUGGAGCACAUGAAGCGAACUUGCUCUCAGCUCCACCUGGAGUCCGUGCGACCCGGCAAGGCUUCCCACCGCAAGAAGGAAGAAAACCAUUUAAAGGAAGUCAAGCUGACUGUGGAGAUCCUGCGGAGUGCUCUUUACCGCAACGAUGAAUGCAAAGCGGUGGCUACAGAUGCUCGCCUAACACUGGCACUCUAUGCUCUCUGGCCGUGGCUCCUAUUGGACGACCCCACCAUGGAGGCGGCGCUGGAGCUUCUGUGUGUCUAUACAGCCGACUGCACCACAGCAUGCAGUUGUGUUUGUAGCGGCGGCUCCGGUGUUGCACCGGGAUCUAAAGGCACCCCGAGCAGCUCUGUGAUGCACUCGGUCAUGAAGCUGGCCUCAGGUGUCGCCGCAGAUAACAGCCCCGUCCAGAAGCUCGCCUUCUGUCUGCUGGCUAACCUCGCCGUGUCCCGUGACUGCAGAGGCGUCCUGCAGAAGAAUAAUUUCCUGCAAGCCUUCCUGUCAGUGCCAUUGCCCAAGGCUGCUGGUGUUAAAGCCUCGUCUUCAGGUUGUGGCACCGGGAGCCUGCUGGGCCUGUGGCUGAGGCUGCUGGUCAGCCUGUCGUCCGCGGAGGACGGCCAGCAGAACAUCCUCAGAGUGACCGGAGCCCUGGAACUGCUGGCAGACCUGGCACCACACCGGCGCCACGCACUUCUCACACUGCACAACCUCUGCUUCUGCCCGGCCAACAAGCCACACGUCAUCGCCAACGAAAAAGCCAUGAAGGUGUUCCUCUGCUGUCUGAACAGUCGAGAGAUGGAGACCCGCUCCAUGGGAGCGUCGGCACUGUGGGCGUUACUCCAUAACAAUCAGAGAGCGAAGACGACUUUGAAGUGUCCCUCUGUUCGAUUGAGGAUUGAGGAGGCACGCACCAUCUCUAAGAAGGAUGCAGAGAACAAGCAGGAGCCGAUGAACAGCUACCUGUUAAAGUGCCUUGAAAACCUUUCACAGCUGCUAAACAACUGAUUGUAUUUAAAUUGUUUGUUUUGUAUCAUGUUUUGUACUUAAUUAGUUUUGAUAAUAAAGUGCCGAGAGGCAGAUUUGA